UGCAGAGCUCAAAAAGUUGCGCGAUCUUUGCAAAGAGGGUGCUUUGGGGAACCUCCCAUGCUUCUACUUCGCAGCCAGUGCAGUUCUUCUUUAAUUGCAUAAUUGCAAAACUGAUUCUUAAAAAGAAAAAAAAACCAGGCCGCCAUUGCUCCUGCUGCAAAGAGGCAACCAGUAAGUACAGUAAAUGAGAAUAAUUGGCGCCUUUGCUUUUUAAAAAAAGGAGAGAAGACAUUGUAACCGGCAGUUAAAGCUCUCUGUGUAACUCUUCCGGUUUUACUCCAUGCAGAAUCAGAAUAUUGGAAACGAAGUGUAGAGCAGGAAGGGACGGAAUGAUGGCUCAAUUGGAAAAAAGAAAGAAAAGAAAUCGUAACCGGAAGUUAAAGCCGAGUGCAUACCUCUACACGUUUUUCCUUCUAUGCCUGUAGUCCGGCCGUGCUGGCUGCUGUGCGCAUGCCCGGUGCUCCCGCGCCGCCGAAAGUUGGUUCCCGGGACAAGUGGAAGGUCUCCGUAGACCCCGCGUCACGUGAGCAGAGGAGGGUCAGUGGGGGGAGGAGUGUUGGGUUCCCUAGCAACAAGGAGGGAGGGAGGCCAGGUACUCCUCUCCUGAAGGUUAACCAAUAUUAUUAUUAUUAUUAUUAUUAUUAUUAGUUAUAAUUAAUAAUAAACCAAGGGGAGGGCGAGCAUAGAAAAUGAACGUCUGCGGGAAAACGAGCUAGACGUUUUUGUUCUUCCAAUUCCAAAUAAUAUAAUUUUUAUUCAGAAUAACAGACAUGCUGUUAGCAAAGCACAGACACACUUCGUCUAAUGGCAAAGUUAAAUCACCAAGCCAAAAAAAGAUACAUGAGCUACAGAGAAUCUGUUAUCUUUAUUUUUAUUAAACUUGCCCGUUUCCUUGGCAGGGCAGCUUACAGAUAAAAAUAAGAACAGAUAAAAACGGUGUGUGUGUGUGAGCAGGAACAACCAAGAAACAAUGAAACAUGGAUAGAAUUAAAAAUCUCUCUCUCUCUCUCUCUUAUAUGUAAGAUCUCUUAAAACCGUACAAAUAAUUGCAAUGCAAACAGCACAGCAUCGGCCCUUUCAUUAAAUUGGCUAAGGUUUCUCAGGAAUACAGUUAAUAAGAGAAAUACACAAAAAGCCUUUUUCAUUGGAUCGCACACAACACACAGCUCAGUUGGUUAGAGUGUGGUGCCAAUAAUGCCAAGGGACAGAUGCAUAUUCCUGCAUUGCAGGGGGUUGGACUAAAUGAUCCUAUGGGUCCCUUCGAACUCUACAAUUCUAUCUAUCUAUAUCUAUAUCUAUAUAUCUAUAUCUAUAUCUAUAUCUAUAUCUAUAUCUAUAUCUAUAUCCAUAUCCAUAUCCAUAUCCAUAUCUAUAUCUAUAUCUAUAUCUAUAUCUAUAUCUAUAUCUAUCUAUCAUCUAUCUAUCUAUCUAUCUAUCCAACCUCCAGUGGGAAAGGAAAACAUGAGGUAUGUGCCCAUCUCCAUCCCAUCAAUGUGUAAAAGAACCAGGUAAGGUGGCACACUGCCUGCCUCCAGGGCCCCCGCAUCUGUGAAAACUGAACUUUUGACAACCCACCUCACAGGGUUGUUGUGUGCAAAUAUAGACGACUCCUCACUUAUAGGGAGGAGCUACGUUCCGGGCCCCCAUGUGCAUAAGUGGAAUCGCACAAUAAUAAUUGGGGGACUGUUGUCCUGCCAAUUAGGAUUUGGUUUGUGGGGUGCCAAAGGAUACUAGCCUGUCUCUUGUCCUUUUAAACAUGCACAUGCAAUUAUUUAUUAAGAGUUAUAUACCGCUCUUCAGCACAGGAGCUCACAAGAUACAUGAAACUGCUGUCUGAGAUCAUGAGUGUGCUGAGGACAUACUGCUCUCCCUUUCUUUCUCACCUUCUCAUCCCUUUGAGGUGAUGGAAACUCUAAACCAGUGCCCAGUGUCAGUUCAGGAAUGGUUGGUGGCAAAUACUCGCCUGAAGCUGAUGUCCUUUCAGUCAGGAAUUCUGCCAACCAGGAAUUAGGUAUACAACCGUGUUCUGGAUGGAGUUGUACUCCUUCUGCAAGAUCAGAUAUGCAGCUUAGGGUAGCGAUCCUGGAUAUCCAGUAGAAGUGAUGGACGAGAGUCAUUUUUACAGGUUAGUUUGCUAGCUGUAACCUUUCUUAGGGAAUUUGGACCUAAGCAUAAUCACUCAUGCAAUCUUCCAGGUUGUAUGACCUCUUUCCAUGAGGCUCUGCCUUUAAUCACGGCUCAUUCAAUUGCAAUUGGUCCAAAAUUCAACUGGCUGGAACGUCAGAACGUAUACCUCUGAUCUUACUUCAUCUCUACCAGUUUCCUUUUUAAAAAAGGCUGAAUUUCAAAAUGUUGCUGUUAAGCUGUUUAGAGCCUUAGUUGGCCCAGCUUUCUCCCAUAUGAAACUGAUCAAGCCAUGAGCUCAGCCUCAGAGCCUUUUCUAUGUGCCAUUAUUAGUAGACAUUCAAAGCGUGGUUUCAUGGCCCCUUUUUAGUGGUGGCACGGUGCUUUGACAUGCCUUCUCUGGUGAGAUCCAUCAGGCUCCCUCUCUUCAUGUGUUGUUCAGACAGGCUUUAAAAAUUCACUUGUUAAAGCAGACUUCUAAUACUUAACGUUUUGGGACAGGAAUACUGUAUCCAUGUAUGCCCAGUAUUGUCAAUAAUAAUCCCUUGAUAGAAAUUCAUAAGAUCAAAGUCAUGAAAUACAUUUUAUUUUUCUUUGAUUUAAUUUGGUUCUGUUUUUACAUGCACGGGAAGAUGAAGAUAAAAUGAAAAUAGUCCUGACUGCUAGCUAAGCAUCAAGCAAGUGUAAGGAGGUCGCCUAUAGAGAAGAAUUCUUGGCAUCUUCCGGAAGCACCGGUAGUCUGCUUUCCACAAUUGAAGUAAAACUCAGAGAUAAAUUCCUAGUGUGAAUAUUUUACAUUUCAGUUACCAACGUUUGGCAUGGAGUGAGUGUAAAAUCAGAAUAAGUGAAUUGUGGAGUGGGGCAAAACUUGAGUCAUCCUUUGCUAAUGGAAUUUGAAGGAGUACGAAGAGCCUUUUGUACAAACUUUUCCCCUAAUGCUAUACUUCCAUUUGGUUUGAUAGACGAAAAGAUGGCCUUGGUUCCUUACGAUGACACGGCUGCUUGGGGGAUGCAGAAGUUACACAAGUCUUCCUCUACAUAUUGUUUUGCCAACCACACCAUCGAGAUCCAGCAGAACUGGAAGCAGCUGGGUGUUGCAGCUGUUGUGUGGGAUGCGGUCCGUAUAAUUUUGCACUUAUUCAUUUUCUGACACGUUACUGUUUAAAGAUGAUCCUUUGCUGUUUAAAGGUGGGCAUUAAUAGUCACUUGUCCAGCCCCCACCCCACCCCAAUUCCUAAAUCAGUAGAAGAAGAGUUUGGAUUUGAUAUCCCGCCUUAUCACUACCUGAAGGAGUCUCAAAGAGGCUAACAUUCUCCUUUCCCUUCCUCCCUCACAACAAACACUCUGUGAGGUGAGUGAGGCUGAGAGACUUCAAAGAAGUGUGACUGGCCCAAGGUCACCCAGUAGCUGCAUGUGGAGGAGCGGGGAAUCGAACCCAGUUCACCAGAUUACAAGGCCACCGCUCUUAACCACUACACCACGCUGGCUCUUCAGUGCUUUUGUAGCCUGAUCUUGUGCGUGCUUACUAGCAAUGGAUUUAGUAGGGUUUACCUCCAAAUUAUAGUAGUCCUGCCAUAGUAACGAUGGUCUAAUCUAGUUGUCCUAAUAAUCUUAUCUGUAGUUGUGGCGUUGCUUAAGCUAUUAUUUGGGUAGCAGAGAAACUGAUAAAACCUGAUAUGGAUGUUCUCUGCACACUGAGCUGUUGAUCUUCAAAGCCACACAUUUCAAAAGAGACCAUGGAGGAUGAAAGUCAUACUGUAAAUGUUUAAAGAAACACUUUACACAUUUCUCAUGCACUGUAUACUGUGUUCUUAAUGUUUUGGCAUAGUUUCAGAUGACAGUAUACUUCACUGUAGUCAUAGACACUCUUACCUGAGAGUAAGUCAUGUUGAACUCAACAGAACCUGUUUCUAAAUAGACAUGUAUAGGAUCACACUGCCAUCUGUUUGGGUGCUGAUGGUACAGUCUUUUUACGGAAUGAACCAUUGGUGAUGCCCCAUUAAAAAAAUAAAAAUAAAACCCUGAUAUUUCUUGUUUUUCUGUUGAGUGCUGGAAAAAUGUUCUUGUUGUAAGCUGUCCUCAUUUUAUUGUACACAAUAGAAAGAUUAGUUCUUUCAUCAUCUCUUAACAAGGUGUGAUCUGUUCAGAGAUGUGAAAUCUCACUGGAAAUCUCACCUUCUUUCAAAAAAAUCAGUUUUCACCUCCUGCCUGAAGAAGAAAAAUUUAUGAGUAGCCAAAAAAAUAGAUCAUUAGUACAGCCCUCAAGGAGACUGAAUUCUUCUCUUUAGUGUAUAUUUGUCAAAAAGUACAGUUUUAAAUAGCUCACAAUCCGCUGAGCAGAGUAACGUCACUAGAAAUUAAUAAUUUGCAGUUAAAUCCUCAUUUUAGGCAGGGACACCCAGACUUCCAGUUUUAACCUCCCCAGUCCCCCUGAGUAUUUAGGUCCGAAGAAUAAUAAUAUUCUGGUCUGCCUGCACUUCACAGCGGUUUGUUGCCCUCAACUUUUCUGCAAGCUUGUCAUGUGACCCACAUGAGCAAUGCUGUGAUUAGGCAUUAACCUAAAUAAGCAUUCUUUUUAAUUAGAUUUUUUUCCCCUUUCGGGUGCCCAGGCUGUGGUUUUGUGUACUUUCUUGGAGAUGGGAGGCAUUGAUCUACAAGGACGCUUGGUGAUUGAGUUAGGAGCCGGAACAGGCUUGCUGGGAAUUGUAGCUGCACUGCUUGGUAAGUUUCUCUUUGCAGAAACUGGGACUGAUGUGGCCUAUUAAGUUCAUCUGACAGUAAUUCUGAGUUACAUUGUUUUCCUUGGGUGCUGUUCACUGCAGAGCACAAAUCCCUUUUUAUUGUGUGUUUUUUUUGGGGGGUGUUAGGGGAUUAUACCAGACAUGUCUAUUUUGCAGCCAUCCCAAGAUUUUGCCUUUACAGACUGCAAUCCUAUAUACACAUAUCUGGGUGCAAGUCCAGUCCAACUCAUCUUCAGUUACAUACCAUUUAUGACUCUAAACCAAGAUAAUCUUUCAACUCUUGAAUUGCAACCACUUGAAUUACGGCUGCAUGGCCUUUGUGGGGCUGCCUUGAAAAUGAUCUAGAAACUUCAGCUGACCCAAAAUGGGGCUGCAAGGUUAUUAACAGGGGCUUGCGGAUAAUGGAUUAGCAUAGCAAUGCAGGGAUAGAAAGAUGGUAGCACAAUAUUCUUUUAUUGAGCAUUAGAACACUCUCUUGGUCUGGAUAGCUUGGCUGAAUGACAUGACUGGGCCGUACUGAACAUUAAUAAUAGUAUUUCCGAACAUGAGUUUACAUAGGAAUCAACCCGAGAAAUGGUUUUGUUGUUUGGGGAAAUAAACUUGUGUUUUGAAAGUUGUGCCGGAUACCAGCAAUUUGUCUUCACACAUUUGAUUUCUCCUUCUUCUCCUUCUCCUCCUCCUCCUUUUUGGCACGUUAGGUGCUCAAGUGACAAUCACAGACAGGAAGGCCGCCUUGGCUCUACUGGAGUCAAACGUCCAAGCUAAUUUACCUGCUGACAUCCGGCCAAGGACAGCAGUAAAAGAACUGACUUGGGGCCGAGACUUGGGGAGCUUCUCUUCAGGAGGAUAUGACUUUAUCUUGGGAGCAGACAUUGUUUACCUGGAAGAAACGUUUGCCGAUCUUCUUGAAACGCUGGACCAUCUCUGCUCUGAACAGACAGUGAUCCUACUAUCAUGCCGCCUCCGUUACGAGCGAGACCACAAGUUCCUGAAGAUGUUGGAGGAGCGGUUUUCAGUAUACGAGGUGCACUAUGACCCUGGUAAUGAUGUGCAUAUAUUCAGAGCACAGAGGAAAGCCCAGAAAGCAGAUCUGUGAUUAGUUUGUGAACUAUUGUAUGCUUAUUCCUGCCACUUGCAAUCAUACCUGGACCAAACAACCUUAGGCCUUUCAUCCAGCCAUCCCUCCUGUUUUUUCCCAUCCCGAUCAUGGUAACUCAGGUAAUCCAACCAAAUUAUAAAUGGACCAAUGAAUUAUUAGUGUGCAAGGGCCAAGCCUGCCAUUGAGGAAACGUAGGACCUGCUGGCUUCAAGUAAAUGGAAAAAUCCAAUUAGAUUAAUAAUAGUGACAGUUUACCUCUGUUUCCCACUGUGUUAAGCUAUGCUGCUCAGAACUACAUCUCAGGGCACUUCCCCCAAUGGAACAGCAAAUAUUAAUUAUGCAGUGCAUUGGGGGGUGGGGAUGUGAUAUACACAGGGAAAUAUUUGGCUAUAUUAUGUAAAAACAAACCAGUUUUACUGUUUGUGUCCUUAGAGAGAGUGGCUCAGUUAGCAAUUUUCUAUCAGGCUAACUGGAACAAUGAUCAAUCAUGCAAUAGAGAAAUAAUAUACCAAAACAUAAGGGGAGUUAUUGAUUUGCAUUCCUAAUAGAAUGUUUAAAUUCUUCUAGAUAUUUCGCAUGAAACUAAUUAGUCUAACAUCAUUCAUUCAUUAUUAUUUAGAGUUGCCUAGUUCCUUAGAAAUUCACUCUGUAAUAUGUUCACAAAUAUGCUUCAUUAGUUGUUUUUCAAUAAUCAAGUUUGUAAUUUAUAAUUCAUCAGUGCACAUUCAAGCUGUCCAGUAAUUUCAUUUAUCAAGUCUAAAGAUGAUACAAAUCUAUGUUUAUUCUCUUAAGUGGAUCCCUACUAUUUUAUCAAAAAGUAAAAUUGUAAUACAUUAGUUAAGUAAAUCACUAAUCUACAUUUAAUAAAGUUUCCCCUCUGCUAAUUCAAAUCUGCCAAUGUAGAAUCAGAACCACCCCCAAUCCGGCAUCAGUUAUCAGUAUGCAAGUCCAAAUACAGUAAAAACCGUGAUAUCAUAAAUAAGCCAGAAGUCAACUAAUAACUGAAGUCUUUUUCAAAUGUAAUUUCAAGGUCAUCAAGUACGUAUACAGUAAGAUCUUCUUUGAAUAGUUUUUUUAAUGUCCAGAAAGUCUAUGGGUGUCUAUAUCCAAAUAGAGUUCUGUUCCCAGUAAACCUAUCUGUGUCCACAAUUAGAUUCACACACAUAUAUAUAACAUGUAAGUUUGUCUUAUAUUAAAGUUUGUCUUGGAAUUUGGAAUUAGUUAAGGUGUAAUUUAAAGUCGCGAUGCUUUCUGUUGCAUUUCAAAAAUAGACCCUUCCCUCAAAAGCUUUCCAUGAGAUUAGAUUUACUCCUGAAAUUAUCAAAAGAAAAAGAUGAAUCCAUUUCUUACCCAAACAUCAUGUGAUGAAGAGAGCGGAAAGUGAGUGUGCCAUCCAUUGUCUAUCAUUGCAAUUGGAAAGUGAUCUGAUCAAUAAAGUGCACUAUCUGCUUAGUGACUUGUAAAAUUCUGGUGCAAAGUUCCAGUAUUCUUACUCUCAUGUGGAAGAAGUUCUUACAAAUAAGUUGUUACUGCCUGAUAGAGAUAGUAAUACUUGAUAGUUGUAAAUCGUUCCACAGAAGUAGAAAGUCAAUAAAAAUGUUUGAUGUUUUGCAAAGAAAUGUCCCAUGUUUGGUUAGUUUUUCAACAGAAGGAUACAACCAGGCAGGUGUACUCAAGAAGUAAUCUCACGUGACUUCUGAAUCUGAACUCCUCCACUUAAACAUGCCUCCAGAGUGAGUUGCCAAAUUCCAUCCCGAUCAGCAGAGUGCAACUUCUAAC